GUGGAGGAGACCAGCCCCUCUGGCGUCAUCCAGCCAUUCCUCACAAGUCUUCACUUUCCAUGCUGUGCCAUGGAAAACGCAAGGAAACAAGCUGAUCAAUGAACACUUGAUUUAUAUUGUAUCGCCACGAAUCAGGCUUAUAGGCUGACCUCAAGGAAUGCAGACCGACAAACUCGCAGAAGAUGUGGAGGGAAAUCCUGACAGGGUGGAUCCCUACUACCAGCAAGGCAAAGUGGCUUGUGCCAUGUUCACAGUUCUCCUCCUAUUUUCCUUCUUGGUAAUAGGAAUCGUAACUGGUCUCAACUUCAAGAAGAGUUCACAAGAGGAUCAGAACAGAGGUCUUCUUUCUGAUGACAUCACGCCAAUCCCGUUCCAGUAUAAAAGUGAUAAAGGCCUCUGCUCAGAGGGUUGGCUUUUAUAUAAGAACACCUGUUAUUUGUUAGAGAAUGUUUAUGGGACAUGGGAAUCCUCAAAGUCUUUAUGCCUCAGCCGUGGGGCACAUCUGAUGGUAGUGGACAGCGAGGAGGAGCUGGAGUUCAUUUCAAGAGUUGUUCAGAAAUGGACUGACUACUGGAUAGGUCUCAAGAGGGACAAAAUGGGCAAAUGGUCCUGGGUUAAUGGAGAUGAUUAUCAUUCAAAUCUACACUUCUGGGAUGAAAAUCAGCCUGCUCAUGCUGGUAUGGAGUCCUGUGUCUACUUAAAAGGAACCGACACAGUGCAUCGGAAGCUGUUUCAUGAUUCUGACUGCAGCAGUCAGCGAUUUCACAUUUGUGAACACCAACUAUAGAAACCGUGUUUUAGGAAACAUUGCCUAUUUGCCUGUUCUCUUAAAAAUCCUGCUCUGGAUGGACUUUAUACGUGUCUUCUUUUGGGAUUUAAACUGUACCUGCUUGACUGGUGCACAUGUACUUGAGCUUUUUACGUUUGUUUAAGUGCAAAGACAUUUAUUUUGUUCAUCUUAUCUUUGAAGCUAUUUUAUUUGAGCAGAUAUCAUUGUAUGUUACAUAAUUAUUAUAUUAUUAUAAUUUCUAAGUUUAUGUAAAAAAUCUUGAGUCACUCAAAAGCUCUUUUAAUUUACAGUAACACAACUAAUUUCAAUUUGGAAUUGUUGUAAUUAAAUGAAGUGUGAUUUUAAUUAAAAAAGAAAAGGAUUUGACAAACACAUUCAGAAGUGUUCAUUGAUGAUAUAUAGUGAUCAAAAUGUAUACGUACAAUCUGUUGGAUUUAAAAGGGAUUGUUCACUCAAAAAACGUAGAUUCUGUUACCAUUCACUCACACUCCUGAUACUGAUACCCUGAAGAAUGUUGAAUAAAAUGACCAAUAAAAUGACCAUGUUCUUA